CACCUUGACCUGACCUUAAGCUUGCCGGCUCCUUAGAACAUGCGCUGUGACCUUGUGUAUACAUUUCCUCCACAUGCUUUACAGGAGAGUGUAGUAAUGACCGCAUGGGAUGAGAGCAAAGGAUGAAGUUUUCUUAUCGUUUUUCCAACCUGCUUGGGACGGUUUACAGAAAGGGGAACCUGAUCUUCAGUCCAGAUGGCAACAGUGUGAUCAGUCCAGUGGGGAACAGGAUCACUGUCUUUGAUUUGAAAAACAACAAAUCAGAAACACUUCCAGUAGAGAGUAGGUUAAAUAUCACAGCAGCUGCAUUGUCCCCUGAUGCCAAUCUACUUAUAGCAGUCAAUGAAGAGGGAGAAGCCAUUCUCAUCAGUCUCGUCAGUAAGACAGUGUUACAUUCUUACCACUUCCACCGUCCAGUCCACGCCAUUAAGUUCAGUCCAGAUGGCAGGAAAUUUGCUGUCACAAAGGAAAACAAUGUGUUGGUGUUUCAUGCUCCCGGGAAAACUAUGGAGUUCAAUCCAUUUGUUUUAGAGCGCACCUUCUUUGGUGCAUAUGAUGAGACAGUGUGUAUAGACUGGACCACAAACUCAAAGGCUUUCCUUGUGGGCUCUAAGGAUAUGAACACCAGAGUGUAUGGUGCUGAAAGGUUUGCCAAUCUUGUAGUCUACUCGCUUGGAGGACACAGCAAUUCUAUAGUGGCUGCUUUCUUUGAGGAAGAGUCCCUUGAUAUGAUCAGUAUCAGUGAGAAUGGUCAGCUGUGUGUGUGGGAGUGUGACACUGACCUGGAUGGCCUAAGACCCUACCAAGCACCUCCACAAGUAGACAGCUCUUCAGAGGAGGAGGAAAUGGAGGAAAGUAAAGGAAAGCAAAAGAAGAAGAAAAAGGAGCAAGAAGUGGCAACUCAAGAUGCAGAGAAAACAGAAGACAAGAUUUUAUAUAAACGUCUUGCAAAACACAAUUACAAAGAAGCACGCGGUGAAGGUGCAGCAUAUGCUAAGUUAACCAGUGCAGCUUAUCACAAACGCACACACAUUCUGUGCUCAGGAUUUGAAGAUGGUGCCUUCUUUCUUCAUGAGAUGCCAGAUUUUAAUCUGAUACACUCUCUGAGUAUAUCUGACCAGAGUAUCAUCUCUAUAGAAUUCAACAAGCCUGGGGACUGGAUUGCUCUGGGCUGUGCUGGUCUGGGACAGCUGCUUGUGUGGGAAUGGCAGAGUGAGUCAUAUAUACUGAAACAACAGGGUCACUUCAACAACAUGAGCUGCCUGGCAUACUCGCCUGAUGGGCAGUAUAUUGCUACAGGAGGGGAUGACGGGAAGGUUAAGGUCUGGAAUACUAGUAGUGGUUUGUGUUUUGUGACAUUUAAUGAACACCUGGGAGGUAUCUCAGGUGUGGCCUUCAGCCAGAGUGGACAAGUAGUGGUCACUGCCUCACUGGACGGGACUGUCAGAGCAUUUGACCUUAACAGAUAUCGUAACUUCCGCACCUUUACAUCACCACGUCCUGUUCAGUUUUCAUCCCUGGCCUUGGACUCAAGUGGCGAGAUUGUUUGUGCUGGGGGUCUGGACGUGUUUGAGAUCUUUGUAUGGUCCAUGAAGACAGGGAGGCUGUUGGAGGUUCUUGCUGGACAUGAGGGACCUAUUAGCAGUCUUGCCUUUAGUACUGGACAUGCCAUAUUGGCCAGCACAUCCUGGGAUAAAACUGUAAAAUUAUGGGAUAUAUUUGAAAGUAAAGGCUCCCGUGAAACAAUACUCCUGGGAUCAGAUGUGCUGGGCUUGGCCUACAGGCCUGAUGGUGCUGAAUUGGCAGUGUCCACUCUUAAUGGUCACAUCUCCUUCUGGGAUGUCCACUCUGCUGUCCAGACUGGCUCCAUAGAGGGCAGGCCUGAUCUUGGAUACAGUAGGAAAGAACUGGACAAGAUUACUGCCAAGAAGUCUGCUGGUGGAAAAGCAUUCACCAGCCUUUGUUAUACAGCAGAUGGACAAUGCAUUCUGGCUGCUGGACGGUCCAAGAAUGUCUGUAUCUACUCUGUGGCUGACCAGAUUCUGAUCAGGAAGUUUGAGAUCUCUUGUAAUCUGUCUUUUGACGGAAUGGAGGAGUAUUUGGACAGAAGAAAGAUGACGGAGUGGGGCAGUCUUGCUCUUGUGGAUGAGGCGGCAGAAGACGGGAAGACCUCCAUAGCGCUACCUGGUGUGAAAAAGGGAGACAUGAGCUCAAGGCACUGGAAACCUGAAGUCUUGGUGUCCUGUGUGCGCUUCUCCCCCACUGGAAGAGCCUGGGCUGCCACUUCUACAGAAGGGCUUCUCAUCUACUCCCUUGACCACAACCUCAUCUUUGACCCCUUUGACCUGGAGAUGGACAUCACCCCAGAGAAUGUGAGGCGGACACUGGCCAGGAAAGAGUACACCACAUCUCUGAUGCUGUCCUUCAGGCUGAAUGAACAUAGACUGAUACAGGAGGUGGUUGAGCAGGUGCCUGUGGGAGACUUGGAUUUUGUAUGCCAGAGUUUACCGGAUUUGUACAUAGAAAAACUACUCGGCUUUGUUGGAGGGAUGAUGGAAACGUCACGUCAUGUCGAGUUUUAUCUUCUAUGGUGUCAAAAACUGCUGAUGCUGAAUGGCCCAAAACUGAAGCAGAAAUCACAGUCAAUACUGGCACUACUGCGGACACUGCAGAAAAAUAUUACAAAACGAAGUGAAGAGUUAGGAAGCAUAUGUGAUCACAACCAGUACAUUCUCCAGUAUCUCUUGAACCUGGGACAGGCAAAGAGGAAAAGAGGAGACACAGACCCUGAACAUCAAGAAGACACUGAACAGGAAAGUGUGGCAGACGACAGUGACUUAAUGCAGUCAUCAGACAGUGAGAGUGUAAUGACAUGACAGAAGGAGGCAGAAUUAAUUUAAAGCUUCACUCUUGACUGGUUGUUCUCUGUUUCUGAAUCGAACUGCAGCAUAUUUUCAGUGGAACAAAAUGGUGAACCUAUUUUAAAAUGAUGGAAGGGUUGAUUGUGCCAGAGACUUAAUAACAGUUUUUGUGGAAAACUUGGGGAUAAUAUUGUUUAUGGCUUACUUAUGAGUCAUAGUAAUACUUGGAAGAAAAUAAUGUGUAAAAAGAAACUUCAUUUCCUGAUAUUAAGAAAGUGAAAAUAGGGCAAACUUGUGAGUCUUUGUAAUGCUUGGAAGGAAACCAUACAUUAACAGAUACUAUUUAUCUGUGAAAACUGCUCCUUAAUAUAUUGCUUUUCAUUUCCCGACCUCAUGAAAGUAAAACCAGAUGGAACAUAAAUUAGAUAACAGCAUAAAUGUGGUAAAAUAAAUAAGAUUUCAAUUGCAAAAAUAAUGAUUUUCAUCAUUCUUUAGAUGUUAUCACUUCUAAGUCGGAUAAAC